AUGAUUUCAAGCCCGAACUUCAUCCAUUAUGCCUGCGUUGCGAAAGGAACCACAAUUCUCGCCCAACACGGUUCCAAGGAACCACAUAUCGAAGAAUUAGCUGCAAAAUGCCUUGAGCAAGCUCCUCUCCACCACUGCAUGUUUUCUCACUCUGUUAAGAACAGGACCUAUGCGUUCUUAAUUGAUCAAGCGUUUGUCUAUUUCGCGAUUUUCGAUGAAAAGCUCCUGAAAUCGGAGGCCCUUUGGUUUUUAGAUCGCAUCAAGUGCGCAUUGAACGCGAUAUUGAAAGGCAGGUCCAUCACGGAUUCUGAUGAUUUCUCGCCGCUCUGUUUCCAAGCUCAAUUUGAUCCUAUCUUUGGAGAAUCAAUGACUUCGGAUUUGGAAUCGGAAAAGCCGCUGCAGGGCCAAAACAAGGAUGAUCGAAAACCGAGCGUGGGAUCCGUGAAGGGGAAAAAAUCGAUGAUGGUACCUUUGCUUGAGCAGCCUAGUAAAAGUUUGAAGAAGAAGAGAAGGGUGAGCGUAGAAGGCAAUGUAAUGGAUGGUAAGGAUGCUGCAAUGGAGAAUAAAUUGGAGAUGGGUGACGAUAUAAAUUGUUGCACCAGAGAUUUUGCCUUGUCCGCACCCAAGGGCCGGGCCAACGAUCGACAAAAAGCAAAGCAGAUAUGGAAGAAACAUGUGUGCGUGGUGCUAUUGCUGGACGUACUUGUUUGUGCGAUGUUAUUUGUAAUUUGGUUAUGGGUUUAUUGCAGAGGGUACAAGUGCAUGCAGAGUUGA